AUGAGGCUUCUUGUCACCCUCAUCGCCACUGCACUGGCUUUCACAACCACAACAACAGCAUACGACGACCCCCUCGUCCACCUCAACUAUGGCAGCUUCCAAGGAAAAUACGACAGCAGCUACAACCUCUCAUACUUCCGCAAAAUACCCUUCGCUUCUCCCCCAACCGGCGAAAAUCGCUUUCGAGCUCCACAACCACCGGCGCAUAUCACAGACAGCAUCUACGACACAGAUCAGGACUUCGACAUGUGUCCCCAGCGCACAGUGAACGGCUCCGAAGAUUGUCUCUACCUAGGACUUUUUUCCCGACCAUGGGAUACAGAUAAAGCAGUAAAGAGACCCGUACUGGUGGUUUUCUACGGCGGGGCCUUCAUCCAAGGCAGUGCCUCGUUUACAAUGCCGCCAUCUUCGUUCCCCGUCCUCAAUGCCAGCACCCUCAAUGAUUACGUUGUGAUAUACCCGAACUACCGCGUCAAUGCCUUUGGAUUUCUCUCCGGGAAGGCAAUAAUGGAAUCAUCGACUUCCGAUCUCAAUCCUGGUCUGCUGGAUCAGCAGUAUGUCUUAAAAUGGGUACGAUCCCACAUUCACCAUUUCGGCGGCGACCCCCGAAAUGUGACAAUAUGGGGCCAGUCAGCUGGUGCAGGGUCCGUCGUUGGACAAGUCCUCGCAAAUGGACGACACGGACAGCCAAAGUUGUUUUCAAAGGCGUUGGCGAGCUCGCCUUUCUGGCCGAAGACGUAUGCCUACAACGCACCCGAGGCCGAGGCGAUUUUUGCAGAGUUUGCGAAUCUGACAGGUUGUUUGGGGAACACAGAUCGCGAGACAAUGUCUUGUUUGAAAGCUGUUGAUGUGCAGACGAUACGGGAUGCGAAUCUCGUUAUUGCUGCUGGGAAUACUUGGACGACGAGCUCAUAUACCUGGGCACCAGUUAUUGAUGGAGAGUUUUUGGUUGAUACGCUUACUGAAGCUGUUAAUGCGGGAUCCUUGAAGACGGAGUUUGUUUUCGGGAUGUAUAACACCCAUGAAGGGGAGAAUUUUGUUCCUUCCGGACUGAAGUCUGAGGCUGGUGCUAAUGGGUUUAAUUCCUCGGUUGCAAGUUUUCAUUCUUGGCUCACGGGGUUCCUGCCUGGAUUCUCGGAGAAGCAGAUUCGUGCUGUGGAGGAAGUUUAUUACCCGGUUCUGGGUAGUACUGAGACGAUCGACGAGUAUAAUAGCACGUACGUGCGUGCUGGCCUGGUUUAUCGAGAUGUUGUUCUUGCUUGUCCGGCUUAUUGGGUUGCGAAUGAUGCGCAGCGGAAGGGGUAUCUGGGAGAGUACACUAUUUCGCCGGCGACUCAUGGGAGUGAUACCAUAUAUUGGAACCGGAUCAAUGCAGUGCAGACGAGAAAUCCAGUCGUCUAUGAGGGAUAUGCGGGUGCUUUUGCUAGUUUCUUUCAAACUGGUGAUCCGAAUGUGCACAAGCUGACGGAUGCUUCCCAGCCUGGCGUGACUGUGAUACAGCGGACCGAGGAGGAGUUUGUAGUUGUAGACAAUGGAUUUGAGAAUACUCACCUGACUCAGCUGAAGAAGAGAUGUGAUUUUUGGAGGGGGCUGGGGAAGCAUAUUCCUGUUUGA